AUUUAUGGGAAUUCCAUGGAUAGGAUUGAUGCAAUUCCAGUUCCAUCCACGAAUUAAAAAUGGACAACGGAGUGCGGUGGUCGGAACUCCCGCCGGAGAUAUGGUCGGCAGUCGGAAAACACCUUCACAACUACAUCGAUGCCGUCCGAUUUCGCAGCGUUUGCCGAUCAUGGCGGUCCUCUGUUCCUCCUGUCCCCAAAAUAUCUCCUCCUAUUCGUCUCCGAUUUCCCUCCCCAAUCAACACUGCAAGUCUCUUCGUCGACGCCUUCCUCUCCCAAAGUACCUUCUAUCGUCUCGCUCCUCUCAUCCACGAACAGAGCCCUAACUCGUCUUCCUCUAGCCAGAACGGCCGACUGGUGAAGAUGGAGAAAUCGGAGCUCGGUAAGAUGCGGUUUCUUCAUCCUCUGUCCAAGCGCCUAAUCCGAUGCAAUCCGGAAGAACACAAGGAACUGAACUUACUGGAUCUUCGAAUCGACGAAUUAGCCAUAUCGUAUUCGCUCAAAUACACUGAUACUGCUUGUGUUCCUGGAAUCGCUAAAGUCGUGGUGUUCCCUACAUCCAUCGGACCAGACGUUGAAGAUUGUACUGUAAUCGCAGUGUUUGAGGACGGGAAGUUAGGGUUUGCCAGAUCUGGAGACGAGAAAUGGACUCUAAUCGACGAACAGAGUUUCCACUACGACGAUGUGAUUGUCUACAAUCGGCAGUACUAUGCAGUCGAUAGAUGGGGAACUGUUUUCUGGAUCGAUUCAUCGAUGCGAUUGGUACAAUUUUCUCCUCCUCUGAUCGGUCUCGGCCAGCAGAAGCACUUGGUAGAGUGCGGCGGCGAACUUCUGGUAAUCGAUCGGUUCCUCGACAAAGAGCGUUCGGUUCAACAUCCAACCGAUAUCAUGGACGACGCACAUCCAAUGGCGAUUCCAUUUCGACGGCCGGAUAACGAUUCGUCUCCAAGAGCAGUCGAUUUCAAGGCUCAUAAGCUGGAUCAAGAAUGGGGGACAUGGGUGGAGCUGAAGAAUUUGGGGAAUCGAUCGAUUAUAUUGGGGAACGACUGUUGUUUAUCAUUUGAAGCGUCGGAAUUUGAAGGAUGCAAAGAGAAUUGCAUUUACUACACCGAUGUUAACGACAACGAGUUCUCUAAAAGAAGUUUCAGCCGUGUGUUCGAUCUUGAAGGAGGAAGAAUCGGAAACAUAUUGUGUUAUCCUGGACGCAUCGGAAUCUUCAGCCCGCCGCCGAUUUGGCUCUCCAAAUCCCUUCCCCCCCUGAAGGACAUCCUGUUUGCUGCCUCUCCACAUCGCCAUGAAAACUAGCAGCUGGAAGGAAACUGCCGUCUGGAUCAUCAAAUAUCACAGAACCAAGUAUGCUUUCUUCGCCAUUUCUCUGCAAACAUACCAAUCUUCUUGUUUCUGAUCUUUCAAUGGGAGCAGAGAUUCACUCAUAUUAAUUGCUGCAAGUUCAUCAUGUUUAUAAUUUGACCACUGGUAGUGCAUUAUAACAAUAUAUUUGAGCGGCUGGGAGGAGAACGAAUAAUUUCUUAUAAUGGUGUGAGAAGCUCUCCCUAACAGAAGCGCUUUAAAAAUUGUAAGGCUGACGGUGCUACGUAGUGAGCCAAAGUGGACAAUAUCUACUAGCUGUGAGCUUGGAGUGUUACAGAUAGUAUUAGAGUCAGUCAUCGAACGAUACGAGACACUUGUUGGAGUAAGGCUAAACUCUUUCCAUUGUA